AUGGCGUUCUGUAGACGGGCUGCGGCAAUCAAGCCUGCGGCGUCGAUGUCCACGCAGACCGAGCGACUGCGGGAGGCCGAGGAGCGGCUGCAGGAGACCGAGGCCGAGCUCGAAUCGGUGAGCGGGCGGGUCAACGCGGCGGAGGCCAAGGCGCAGGCUCUGGUGCAGGAGGUGGUCAACGCCCGCGCCGCCAAGGAGAGGCUGCUCGCAGAGCUGGACUCCCGCCGCCGCGGGGCUGGGGGCGCGGGCGCCGCGGCCGAACAGGCUGAGCGUCAGGCCGAGGAGCGCGUGUCCGCCCUGGAGGAGCAGCUGAAGGACGCUGCCUGGCGGGCGCGCCAGGCCGAGGCCGCCUCGGCCGAGCGGCUGGCCGGCCUCCAGGUGCAGCUGACCGGCCUCCGGGGCCACGCGGUGGAGAGCCUCGCUCGCGCGGAGGCGGCGGAGGACCGGGCGCGGUCGGCCGAGGCCCGCGUGGCAGCGCUGCUCGCGGAGCUGGAGGCGGUGCGCUCGGACAACGCCGCGGUGCACAGCCGCGCGGAGUUGGCGAGGGCCGAGCUGGCGCGGGAGGAGAGGGAACGGGCCGAAGAGCAGCGCCGCAAGGAGAUCGCGCAGGCCAAGAGGCAUCGCAGGGAGCUCGAGCAGGCCAAGAAGGAGCAGAGGCUCGCGGCGGAGAAGAAGGAGGAGAUGGAGAGGGCGCAGGCCGCGGUGCAGGAGCUGCUCGCCAUGCGCGCGCAGCCUCCUCUGCCACCGGACGACGCCGCGGAGGAGGCCAGCGAGGAGCUGCUCGCCAGGCAAGCGCAGCCUCCUCUGCCGCGGGACGACGCCGCGGAGGAGGCCAGCGAGGAGCUGCUCGCCAGGCAAGCGCAGCCUCCUCUGCCGCCGGACGACGCCGCGGAGGAGGCCAGCGAGGAGAGCGGCCUCGGGACUUCUGCGGGCGGCGGGGGCUCGCGCGGGCGACUGCGCGUGCGCGGCGCGGCGGUGCGCGGCGGCGAGGAGGCGGCGGUGGAGCUCCACCGCGCGGGCGCGGGUGCGGGCGCGGGCGAGGCGGACGCGGCGGCUCUGGGAGGAGGCGAGGCCGCCCCCGCCGGUGCCCGGCCAGCGCCGGGGGAGGCUGGCGGGCAGCUGCAGCAGGAGGUCGAUGCCCUUAGCGCGGUCGUCAAGGAGCGCAAGACGGCCCUGGCGGCGGCCGGGCUCAGCCCGCAGGAGGUCAACCGGGACCCGGAGGUGGCGGAGAUGGUGUCCCACCUCUUGCGCCUGAAGGAGGAUCUCGCCGCCGCCAGCGCCAGCACCGCGGAGCCGCGGCGAGACGUGGGCGGAGGGGACGCGACCGAGAGCAGCACCCUCUCGGAGGACGAUCCGGCGACGGAGGAGGAGAAGCAGGAGCUGGUGGAAGCCAUCGACGCCCUGCGCACGGCCUUGAAGGAGGAGACGAAGUAUUCGGAUGAGGAUAUAGCGAGCGAUCCAGAUGUACUCGCUUUGUGCGAAAAGCUCCAAGCAAUGGGCGUGGAUACGUCGCACAUCACUCUUCGCAAGAUGGACUUGGGAUUUCAGCAUGCGACUAGAAAGCAGGCCCUCUCGGAGUGGUACAGAAGAAAAUGGCAACGACGACACGGUAUGCUCCCCGAGCAUUUCUUGAACAAGGCUGACGGGAAGUCUUACAAGAAGCGCAAGAAGUUGACCAAAGACUUCAUAACACAGAAGAUACGGCGACUUUCGAAGGCACAGAGAAAGCGCAAGACGGACGCCGUGGAAAAGUCAGCAGAGGACUCGUCCACGACUCUUCCACGACUCACCCCUGACUUUGCCGAUGCGAUCGCGGCGGACGUAUAG